AUGGGUUCUCUACCAGGAAAACCAGAACCAAACCCAAAGGAGUUUUGCAAUGCCAUCUUCAAGGAAGAAGUGAACAAGGUUACUAGUAUGGGUUUUAAAAAAUCAAAAAUGGAUAGCCAUGAUGAUGAGAAUGAAAUGUCUAUUGAAGAGAUCUCUGGUCUCCUAUAUGGUUCUGCUGCUGAGAGUUUGGUGGUUGCUAAAGUUGAGAAAACUGAGAAAGGGUCAAGAGGUAAUGAGAUAGUCACCAAGGAGGUUGAAAAGAAAGAUGAACCAAGUGUUGCUCUUCCUCUUUAUAGUCCUCCAAUUCCAUUUCCGCAAAGGGUUCUUACAAAGUCUAAAAAGAAAGUGCUCUCAAGUUUCAAAGCUAAUAUGAAUAGAGUUGGAGCACCUUUGCCUUAUGUGGAUAGCUUGUCUCAAGUUCCUAGCCAUAUAGAGUUCAUCAAAACUAUUCUAGCAAACAGAGAAAAGGUGGAAGAAAUCAUGGGAAUUUUUGAUUCACCAAGUGAACAACAACCCAGACCAAAAACACUUUCCAAGCUUGAAGAUCCAGGCAGAUUUAAUAUACCUUGCUCACUUGGUGCUUUACAACUUGAUGAUGCCUUAUGUGAUUCAGGAGCAAGUGUCAAUGUAACGUCACUUGAGAUGGUAAAGAGUCUUGGGAUCAAAGACAUGAAGCAGCCCUCUUCUUCCAUCAUGUUUGGAGAUGCAUCCUCAAAAUCUCCACUUGGUUUGAUUGAGAACUACCCACUCAAGGUUGGUGAUUGCACAGUUCCAACAGACUUCAUGGUACACAGUGCACUGGAGAUACCCAAGUACUAUCAGUGA